AUGACAGGCUUCCCGCUCUUACCAACGAUACCACCACCACCACCUUCGGACCCUCCGUCAAGGCAACUCAACCAGCAAUCAUUAUCAUCACCUUUUAAUAAUAACAAUAAUAAUAACAAUAAUAAUAAUAAUAAUAGUAAUAAUCCGACCAGCGAACGAUCUUUGACAAGCUCGAGCGGGAAGUUUAGAAGCAAAAAACGAAAUAACAUCAACAACAGUAACAACACUAACAACAACAACAACAAUAAUAAUAACAAUAAUAAUAAUAAUAACGUAGAAUACAAUAACAGUAUCUAUCUAGAAAGCCUAAAUCAGUCACCUUGUCUCGGCCCAAGCGGUAUUCUAUGUGUAUCGAUGCAGCAACAACAAAAUGUCUUAACAAAAUUCAAUAACAGCAGCGGCUCUCAACAAAAGCAACUUUUCAGUAACAGUCUUGCUGGCAGAUUCAAAUCGUCAAAAUCGAACGAUAAAAAUAAGUCUUCCGUGCAAAACUUUCCAACAAACGCCACUACAACAGCCACAACGACGCCGACGACAAAAAACAACAGCAACAACAACAAUAAUAAUAAUAAUAACAACAACAACAACAUCAUGCCGAACGCUGACUACAAUAAAGAGCAUUACGAUUCAUCUUAUCAGGUAAAAAAACAUUUUAUUGGGAAGAAAAAAUGGAAGACCAUAUCGAUGUUACUCAUGCUCACAUCCGCCGUAAUGUUUGCUGUUGUUAUUUAUUUUAUAGCUUCCAAAAUGACACAAUCUGCCAACAAAAGAGUCUGUACCAUAGACUGCGAUAAAGGAGUUAACGAGUUAGAGAGAGAUAUCGAUGAAAACGAGAGAGCGGAUAGGAAGAAGAGACAAGUUAAGAAGAAAAAGAAAGCAAUCCGUAGUGAUAAUAAUGAUGAGAAUAAGAAAAAUAAGAAGAGAAUGUCGGAAAAAACAUUUCUAAAGGGCUGCCCCAAUGGUUGCCACCCUGGGGGCAAGUGUGUCCAAAAAUCCAAAUACGAGAUAACGGAACAAGACGUUGACGACGACAAUGACGACGGCUACCUGGUGUGGCUCUGCGAGUGUCGCAUGCGCAGCGGCUUCGAUGGCUGCGCAGACGAGGAAGCGGAAAUGACGUGCAAUGACGGUAUUGAUGAUGAUAACGACGGCCUUAUAGACUGUCUAGACAGCGACUGUCUGAUAGACACAGUCUGCCAGCACAGCAUCAAGUUCAGAACCGUAGACCCCGUUGACCUUUCAAUCAAAAGAUCAUAUUUUACAGAUUUGGUAAGUUUUUACGAGAGGUUUAGAUUUUUAUUUGACAACCAAGACUUCCACGUGCAGUCAGACCAUGCGUUCUUUUCUGAAAAUUUCGACAUCAUCGUAAACGGCGGGGGCACGGUGACCUUGAUAUUGCAGGCGGCCAACUUCACCCCAAAAGAAAUAAAUGUCUACGUGCCCACCAAUCGCAGAAUCACCCUCGGGACAAUCUACCUCCACCCGCAAAACGCCAAAACGGAUUUCGGCUCCGUUCCUAAUGACAAACCCAAAUGCCCGGGUGUAUUUCAUGAUUAUGUUUAUCUGAGGCCUGUAAUUUAUUCGCCUUCGGCCAAUGCACACGAGGGGUAUAAGGGCUUUCAGGCAGCAAAUAUCGCUACUACACUGACGGCAGUCGCUAUUGAAUCCACGGCAUUUGGGUUUGGAAAUAACUUUUUCAAUCUCACUACAAGCCAUUUUGCCGUUACUGGUGCCGAACUUGAUCCGUCUGCCGAAGAAGAAAUGGCAGAAAUGGCUCGAAGACAAUCCUGCUUACAUUUUAUCAAUUUUCACCACAUCCUCCUAUGUUUGAUAGCCACAUUCGGCCUAGUCACAAACACCUUAUCGAUCGUUGUACUGAACAAGGAUCGAAACAACCAAGUAGCUAUCUUCCUACUAAAAAGCUUAGCUAUAUUCGACAAUAUAGCUAUAUUUAUGGGGACGUUUUGCUAUUUAGUUGUAGCUCUACUCUUCAGAAUCAUAGAUAGAUCCGUCUAUUUGUACUACUAUAAGUAUGCUACAGUUAUUUUGAAUCCAAUUGGUACCACAGUUCAGGCCUGUGUCAUAUGGUGUACCGUACUUUUGGCUGUUAAUAGCUUCUCUAACUACCUCAACCACUCGCUCAACAACAACAACGUCAACGACAAUUUUUUAAACGAUAGUCGCUUAUUUGAUGUUAGUCGCGACAAUUAUUUUUCAACUUACGACAGUGUAGGUGAUAAAUUUUUGAAUGUAAGGGGUUCUCUUAUGUACAAAAACAACAACAGCAUCAGCAGUCUUCAUCAUCAAUACAAAGAAACUUAUUUUAAAUUAACGUCACCAUCAUCAUCUUCAUUCUUAUCAUCCUCAUCAUCUUCAUCCUCAUCAUCUUCAUCCUCAUCAUCUUCAUCCUCAUCGUCAAAAAAACACAAGAAACCUCCAAAAAAACCCAAACCGUGCGCCACAUACUCUUACGUCUCCGAGACAGAGUUCGGCAAGACAAAAUUCUACAAAACGUACAACAACAUAAUCUACAACGCUGUCGUCUUGAUUCUGCCGCUCUUUUUAUUAGUCGGCCUCAACAUCCCCAUCAUCGCUACUCUCAAAAAAUCUCAAGAAAAUAUGAAGAAAAAUUCAUUAGGCUAUAGAGGAAAGCAGGAAAAAAAUAUCACAAUGGUUAUAAUAAUAAUCGUUCUGGAGUUCAUUUUAUGCCACUUCCCAGACCGAAUCCUGUACGUUAUGAAAGCCUUUUCAAACUUACAGGAGAAAUGUCCGAGUCCGUAUUUCUUUGCCUACCGAGUCAUUGGGGUCAUGGUUGUCCUGAACUCGUCAACCGAUUUCCUGAUAUAUUAUUACUUUCGUAAGAGGUUUAGGACGAUCUUGAAGAAUAAAGUCUGCCGUUGUGGUCGGCAGAGGGUGCAGAGUAGCCUCUCUACGACUGAGUUUGAUGAUGAGGAGUUGAGUCUGCAGAGAAGGUAUAGUCAAGUCCUCGUAAAACAUUGACUGUGUGUGCGUGUGUGCGUGCGUGUGUUUGUGUAUUUGUGUAUGUGCGUGUGUGUUUGUGUAU